CAGGUGAACGGACUCCUCCGGUUCAGUGAUCUGAAUCUAUUCAAAAGAACGGUCCGUUCAUGAUCCGGACAUCACUGCUGUGCUCCAGGAUGGACCCUCAGGUGAUGUGGACUUUCUAGGGAGCUCUGUCAGCCGAGCCUGGCGAUGACUGGGGUCACGUCUGUCACUUACCCGUCUCCUCCGCUCUCGCCGUUGGAAGGGCUCUUCAUGCAGCUUGAUUGUGAGAGCAGCGGCUACAUCAGCAGUCAGCAGUUCUGGACCCUCCUGCAGAAGCAUGGUCCUGAGCUGGACCCCCACAAGCUGGAUGUCCUGCUGGCCCUAGCACACAGCAAUGCAGAGGGAAAGAUCUGCUACCAGGAUGUCCUGAAUCUGAUAGGCAACAGAAGGUCUGACAGCUUCCGCCGCGCCAUUCUGCAGGGAAACCGACGCCUGUGCAAGAAGACUCUUCUGGAGGAAUCCAGCUUGGAUCUCACGCAGCGCCUGAUCCGCCAUGUUGCCUAUGAGACCCUGCCCCGUGAGAUAGACCGGAAGUGGUUCUAUGACAACUACACGGGGUGCCCCCCUCCCUGGUUCAUGAUCACGGUCACCAUUGUGGAGGUCGCCAUCUUUGUAUAUUAUGGCCUGCUGCUGAACCGCUUCGUCCUGCAAGUGACGCAUUCUCAGUACCUAAAGAAGAAUCCUCUGGUGUACCACCCGCAGCUCAGGGCGCAGGCCUGGCGAUACCUCAGCUACAUAUUCAUGCAUGCCGGGAUAGAGCACCUGGGGGUGAACGUCGUGCUGCAGCUGCUGGUGGGUGUCCCCCUGGAGAUGGUCCACGGGGCGCUGAGGAUCGGCUUUGUGUACGUUGCCGGAGUCCUGGCAGGUUCCCUCGCCGUGUCUGUGGCCGACAUGACAGCUCCGGUGGUGGGAUCAUCGGGGGGAGUCUACGCCAUUGUGUCCGCCCACCUGGCCAAUAUUGUUAUGAACUGGUCCGGGAUGCGCUGUCACUUCAAGCUCCUGCGCAUGUCCUUCGCCUUAAUAUGUAUGAGUCUGGAGUUCGGCAGGGCGGUCUGGCUCCGGUUUUACCCCUCCUCGUACGCCCCGUGCCCUCACCCCAGUUUUGUGGCACACCUGGGAGGAGUUGUGGUGGGGAUCACGCUGGGAGUUGUGAUCCUCAGGAACUUCGAGCAGCGGCUCCGGGAUCGAGCGAUCUGGUGGAUCCUCCUCGGCAGCUUCCUGCUCUUUGUGAUUUUCGCAGUCUUCUGGAACGUGUUUGCAUUCAGCAUGGCCGGUCUGCAGCUACCACCCCCGCCUUAACGGGGGAGGGGGUGACAUGACGAGGCUGACACACAAGGGGCGAUGUCAUGCGAAGAGGCUGACACGGGGUGGGGGGUGUCACACAACGAGGCUGAUACACGCGGGGUCUUCACAAGAUGAGGCUGUCACACAACAAGGCUGACCAUGGGGUGGGGGGGUGUCACACAACAAGGCUGACCACGGGGAGGGGGGGGUUUGGUGGCCCAUGACGAGGCUACACACGGGGGUGUCACAUGAUCUGCAGUCCUGGCGUCUCCUCACUAAAGUGACCUUUGCUGGCCGCCAUCUUGGGAUUCUGUUCAUGUUCUGGACACAGUGUAAAGGAGAAAUCUAAGCUCCACCCCCGAGAACAGCGAUAAGACUCUUGGCGGCCCCUUAUCUCACCUCCCCAGUGCUUCAGUCUCCAUAAACAUAUUUAUUACCAGUUUCAAGAUCUCUGCUUGCUGUCAGGGAAUAGAAACUUACUUGUUUACAUCCAGAAGGUGGAAAAUCCAUCCUGAAUGGGUUGUGCUCACAGCUGAGGAUUUGUUACAGUGUAUCUGUGCAGAUAUAAUGCAUCAGUCUGGAGUCCAUGACACUUGCCUAGACAGGUCACAUUGCAACAAACCCUCAACCGUAAGAGCAGAAAUGGCUCAGAACAGGUUUCCACUCAGUGACAGCAAGCAGGGGUCUUAAGAAAGCAUUAAUUAUUCUAGUUAGGGAUGAGCGAAUCAGCUUCGGGUGAAACAUCC